GCGGCGCAGUGCAAGUACCACCCUCGCUCCUCUGCCCCGCGCUGUCCUGGGCUGGGAUUUUUUUUGUGUUGGGUUACUUGUAGUUUAUCAUCAGUAUGGGAUUUCCGACGUUCUUCUUGUCUAAAAAAAGUGGCAGCGAUUCCUCGGUGGCCGUGGGGGACGAGGACCAGAUCACGUACUCCUGGCACAAUGUCAACGUCUACAGUAACCCGAGGGCGAGGACCAGCAGGUCGCUCUUCAGCAGGAAGAAGCAGGAGUCCAGCGAGAAACACAUUCUUAAAGAUGUGACGGGCAUCUGUCGCCCCGGCGAGCUGCUGGCGAUCAUGGGGGCGUCGGGCGCGGGCAAGACGACGCUGCUCAACGUCCUCACGCACCGCAACAACGACAAGCUGCGCAUCGUCGGCGACCUCUUCGUCAACGGCCACCGAGUGGACCCCGACUCCCUCACCAGCCGCUCCGCCUACGUGCAGCAGGACGACCUCUUCAUCGGCAUGCUCACCGUCAGGGAGCAGCUGGUGUUCCAGGCCAUGCUGCGAAUGGACCGCCACCUGACGUACGACCAGCGAAUGGCUCGUGUGGACGAAGUCAUCAGUGAGCUUGGCCUGAUGAAGUGCGCCGACACGAAAAUCGGCGUCCCGGGCAGAAUCAAGGGGAUUUCUGGGGGGGAGAUGAAGCGACUUGCCUUCGCUUGUGAGGUGCUGACGAACCCACCUCUCAUGUUCUGCGACGAGCCCACCUCCGGCCUGGACUCCUUCAUGGCCCAGAACGUGGUGGCCGUCAUGAAGAACAUGGCCGAGCGGGGCAAGACCAUCAUCUCCACCAUCCACCAGCCCAGCUCCGAGGUCUACGCCAUGUUCGACCGCGUCCUCCUCAUGGCCGAGGGGCGCGUCGCUUACCUGGGCGAGGUCGACGCCGCCUACCAGUUCUUCAACAGGAUCGGGCUGCCGUGUCCGCCCAACUACAACCCUGCCGACUUCUUCAUCUCGACGCUGGCCAUCCAGCCGGGCAAGGAGGACAGCUGCCGCAAGGCCAUCGCCAUGAUCUGCGACGAGUUCGCCAAGUCCGAGGAGGGCAUCAACAUUGGCAAGGCCGUCCUUGAGAACUCGAAGGACUCGGAUGUAAACGGUUACGACAGCUUGGCAGAUAUUGAGGUCAGGAAAUCUCCUUACAAGGCGUCGUGGCUCAAGCAGUUCCGGAGUGUGCUGUGGAGGUCAUGGCUGGAGGUCAUCAGGGAACCCAUGCUGAUCAAAGUCCGCUUCGCUCAGGUCAUGGCCAUCGCUCUCCUCAUCGGCAUCAUCUACUUCGGCCAGACUCUCACGCAGGAGGGAAUCACCAACAUCAACGGCGCCCUCUUCCUCCUCCUCACCAACAUGACUUUCCAGAACGUCUUCGGAGUCGUUAGUACUUUCUGCGCCCAACUCCCGAUCUUCCUCCGCGAGCAUUUCAACGGCAUGUAUCGUACAGACGUCUAUUUCCUGUCCAAGAUGAUCGCCGAGAUGCCUUUCCACAUCAUCUAUCCCUUUGCGUUCGUGGCCAUUGCUUACCAUAUGGUUGGUUUUACUGAUGACUACGUGAAUUUCUUCAUCUCCGCCGGGAUCGUUAUCUUGGUGGCCAACAGUGCGAUCUCUUUCGGUUACAUGAUUUCGUGCAUGUCGAAGAACCUGAGCGUUGCACUUGCAAUUGCAGCGCCACUUAUUAUUCCUCUUAUGCUGUUUGGAGGAUUCUUCUUGAACAGCGGCUCAACUCCCAUUUACCUGACGUGGCUGAAGUACCUCUCCUGGUUCAGCUACGGGAACGAAGCCCUCCUCCUGAACCAGUGGCAGGGCGUCAAGUCCAUCCCCUGCAACACAAACCAGACCUGUUUUCCCAACGGCCAAGCAGUUCUGUCCUUCUUGCAUUACGAAAACGGGAGCAUCACCGUCAACGUGUUCUGUCUCUUCGCCCUUAUCGUGGGCUACCGGAUCUUGGCGUUUUUGGCUCUUCUCACCAAGACUUUUAGGAAACAGUAGUGGUUCGGUCUGCUUCCGCCUCCGUUUCCCCCCGAAAAAAAAGCCUAAACUCGCUGGUGUUUCGAAGCUCCGAAAUCAUUUGGGGGUUCAAUUUAGUCCCCAAUCUUUCAACGAGCGAAAUAUCCGAAGUUUAGACUAGUUUGCAUUUCCAAGAGUAUCGUUAGUUUAUUUUUUUUCUUCUCUUAUCUGUCCGAGAACGCUUUUGCAAUGGGAAUGUAUUCAAAGGCUUUAAAAUUUCCCAAUUUAUUUUAGGUCAGUAGGCAGAAAAAAAGUAUACUGACAUUUACUCGGACAAGGAAUCUAGAUUUUGUAUUGUAUUGACAUUUUAUAAAUUGUAAACAUCACAUUAUAAGCAAAAUUAGACAAAGACAGUUGACAAAUGACUAUGUA